CAACUUGCAAGGAAAGGUCGCCACAGAAAAGAUGCCUAAUACUAUAAAUUAGCGUCGUCUUCUUCCUACGUUUCCACCACAUUACUUUGAUUCUCCAAUUUUUAUGGGCUCUGAGAUUUGGGACGUUUUCUAACACAAUUCUCCUUCUCUCCCAUCUAUUCUUUCAUUCCCUUUUUUUUUAAUUUCUUUAUUCCAUUUUCUUCUUCUGCUUCUUCUUCUCCUCCAAGAAAAAAUCAGGAAAAAAAAAAUUUUUGUUUCUGGAAAAGGAAGAAGAAGAAGAAGAUGGGGAGCAAGUAUGUGGAAUUGUUAGAUGCAGGUGUGAGAAUAGCAGCCAGGUUUCAUUCCCACUGCCCACAAACCGGAAGGAUGUAUUACCAUCCUCCGGCCGGCCACCACGACGACGGCGGCCACCGCCACCGCGGUCAGGAAAAUCUCCCCCAGAAUCACUCUCUUCUUUAUGGGAUUUUUCCGGGUCAUGGAAUCACCGGUGAUGUUGCUGGGCCCAUGGCGUACAACAACAAGAUGGUUGUCGCCGGCGGCGGCAGCAGCGGCGCGAUUUUUGAUACUACUGAGUUUAUCGUUCACAAUGUUGUAUUAUAACCAUAUUUAGGUUUAAUUAAAAAAUCCAACAUUUUGUUUUGAUUCGCGGAUUAAUUAUUAUUAUUAUUAUUUGUGUUUGUUCUGGGAAAUUAAUGUUUAUUUGCGUUCCUUUUUCUUCUUUUUAACGUUGCUUUAAUUAACUAAUAACAAUUUUGAUUCUAAAUUGCGUUUCUUUGCAGCAAAGGUACAUAAAAUAUUUAAUUACAGUAGUUUAAUUCUCCAAGGGAAAAUGUUUUAAAGAUUGAAUGAGAAAGGUUCUAAGAAAAUUAUAUUAAAAAAAUACUAAUAAUAAAUAAAAAUACGAGUUGAAGAUAUUUAUUCCUAUUAUUAGCGUUGGAGAGAAGCAGAAUUUCAACGUGUUGAGAGAAAUAAAUAGAACCAUCCUCCCCAAGAAAAAGCCUCACUCGGUUAGUAGUAUUUCUCAAUGCUUGAGCACAAGUUGAAAAAAUGUGUGUGACUCUCCGGCAUAACUCAUAUUAGCCACUCUUUCUGUCUUAAAAAUAUCGCACUAGUAAUUUUCAGAUACCAUUUCUGUGGUUUGAAUUAUAAAACGUUGGAUAGUAAUUCUCAGUUUUGGCUUAUGUGAUUCGAAUUAGUAUGAAAUAUUAGAAACCGAAAAAGAAAUGUUUGUCUCCUUGUUAUUAUACCACAACUUGCUG